UUCUUCUGGGAAUUACAGAUCGUGAGUUAGAUGUCCUAGAUACAUUUGAAGAUGUGGAGUAUGAGAGAAGAGCUGUUGAAGUCUCAUUAGCUGAUACAGCAGAGAAAUUACUUGCUGAUACGUAUGUUUGGGGUGACAAGAAUGACCCUAACUUGCAUGGUGACUGGGAUUUUGAGGAAUGGAAGCGAUUGCACAUGAAGGAUUUUCUUGCAAUGACAAUGGGUUUUAUGGAGGAGCUGGAACAACCUGAAUCAAAGACAAGGGUGGCCACAUAUGAAUCCUAUUUUCAGCAGGGAUGAGAUAAAUUAUUAUUUGCUAUCAGAAGUAUUUGGGUAUCAACUAUAUUCUUUUUAUGGAACAACUGAUAAGUUUGGAGAUAAAGGCAACCGCUUCAUAAUUUUUAAUUUGCUCAGUUAUUUCAGUUUUAAUCUAUUUUUUAAUGGAAGAUUGUGUUACCGAUGCAUCAAAAUAGUACCAUGCUGCUUAUUUA